UUGUGAUCCGUAGUCAUUUCAAACCAGACGUGUCUCGCAUAUUGCAGAUUCAUGGCUUUCGUUUACUUGCUGGAUUUUAAGAUAAAUGUUUUUGUUCCAACAUUAACCAAGUAUCUUUGAGCAGUGACCGCAUCAGGAUAAUGUUUUCAUUUAGGUAUGCGUCCGUGGUCUACAAUGUACCAAAGGAUAUUACAAGGAUCCCGAAAGAACUGCUCAACUCUUCGACAAAGAUGGUUGGUUACAUACAGGCGAUAUUGGAAUGUGGACUCCUACGGGUGCGUUGAAAAUUGUCGACAGAUGCAAGAAUAUGUUCAAGUUGACACAGGGUGAAUACAUCGCUGCUGAAAAAGUUCAGGGGAUUUACCAAUGCUGCCCGCUGGUACAGAAUUCCUUUCUGGACGGUGACUCGUCACGAGCAUUUGCAGUAGUCGUUGUUCAUCCGAAUUUCGCGGUACUGCGCUCUGAGUUGGUCAAGGCAGGGGGGAAAAUAUCUUUAAGCUUCCCUAACAGUAAAACGGAGGUUUUGUCCAGUUUAAAUGAAGUUGAACUAUGCUCCAAUCUGGACGUUAGAAAAUAUAUUUUGAGCCGGAUGAAUGCGCUGGGUAGACAGCGUGGUCUCAACGGAUUCGAACUGGCGAAGUCCAUUUUUCUUACCCCAAAUGAAUUCACCAUUGAGAACGGUCUUCUCACACCGACCUUAAAAUUGGCUACCCAUCGAGCUCGAGAACAUUUUCGAGGGGCUAUCGCUGAACUAUAUACCGAGGGCCAACUUCUGGAUUGACUCGAUCUCCGCUGCUGACCAUGUCAUAAUAAUCUGCUUUGGAGUUGGGAUUGACCUGGCUAUUGUUUUAAGUUCUCAUCUUGCUGGUUUUGAGUUCCGCGUCUGCUGCAGCGUGUUUAUCUUUGCAAUGUAUUUGAGACAUUUUUAAUCCACGCGUAUGUGCCUUUUUAUUUAUUUU